AUGUCAAGUCUUGGAGGAGUUGGAAAAGUUCAACCUGCUAAUAAAGAUAUCAUGACCAUGGUAUUAAAGGUUAAAACUCAUGUAGAAACAAAACUUGGUCAACAAUAUCAUUGUUUUAGGGCAAUCUCUUUUAGACAACAAUUGGUAAAUGGAAUCAACUAUUUUGUAAAGGUUAAAGUAGGUGAAGGUGAAUAUGUACACCUUAGAAUUUACCAAGAUUUUAAAAAGACUAUCACUCGUCUUGAUGCAGUACAAGCUCAUAAAUCAGAAGAUUCUACUAUUGAGUUCUUUGACAUUGAUCCUUCUCUCUCUCAUUAA